UCGAGUCUCCACCCAAAGCCCGAUCUGCAAUCGCAGCAACAGCAGGCAGCUAGUCUUAGACCUCCGCGCCUUGCGCUUCUUCCUCUUACCUCUUUCUUCUUUCGCUCGCACGCCUAUCUCAGCGCGAUAGCGUGCUGGCAGGAAACCCCUAAGGCCGAGCAGUCGGUCAUUGAACCUGUAACGAUCGCUGAUUGGUCAACCUCCUGCUAAUUGCUACCACUGCUGCUGUUAGCCGCCCUACUUGAUUCGACGCUGCUGGCCAGCCGCAUCGAUUACUCCUCUCCCUUUCGUCCCGCUGUAGUUAGACGAAGCAAUGGCUCUGUUCCGUGCGCGGCUCGGCGGAUUCUUAGCGGGAUUCGCGGUGGCGUCGGCAGGAGCGAUGUACCUUCUACAGCGGGAUCUCUUAGCGAGUCAUAAAGUGCUCACGGAGCAGGCGGAGGGGUACAAUGCGGCUGUGGAGGCUCGUCUAUCCAGACUGGAGAAUCUAACGGCCUCCCUGGCAGAUGCGCACUCACACGCGCAUCAGUCUGCUGCUGAGGCUCAUCAGUGACGCAUUUGGCAGUGUUUCGUUGGUGAACCUUGUGUAGUUUACGUGCACUCCAGAAGUGGCAGCUGCAGUAGACAGAUUUGACAAAAGAAACAAAUGGAGAUUCAUGGCAAAAAACACAAGCUACCAGAAACGAUGGAGGCCAACUUCUUGAACUUUAUUGUAUAGUAGAUUCUUGAAAACGAGACUCUGGCUCC